AUGUCUGAAGUUGAAGAGAGAAUCACAAGAAUUAAGCAGCACAAAGGAGUCAAGGGUCUCUUAAUUGUGGGAGAUGAUGGAAACAUCAUUAGGAACACACUUGGCUCCGGCAGUGAUAAAGAAUCAAAGUCUUAUGCUCAUCAUGUUUCCGAAAUUGCUAAAAAGGCAAAAUCUGUUAUCCGGGAUAUUAACCCAUUAGACGAUCUAACUUUUUUCAGAAUCAAGGCCAAGAGGCAAGAAAUCUUAGUUGCCCCUGAUAAGUCAUACUUCCUGAUCGUUAUCCAAAAUAUAGACGAGGAUAAUGAUGCUAUCAACAGGUCUUAA